AUGGAGGUGAUCACGCCCCGUCGCAACUAUCAAAUGACCGCCGAUAGGUUGGUAGCCCUGAUUCUUCGAUUGCUCCAGCAAGCCAAGUCUCUUUCCUCGAGGGAUGCCUUCACCCUUGGUGGUCAUGCUUGCAGUGAACAGGAGCUCCGUGAAUGGGCGUGGACCAUAGAGCGCUCCAUCGGCAUUCUGCGGGAACAGAUACUCGUGUCUCAGCGCCUCACUGCGUCAUUGCUCAUCGUGGUCUGCCUGCCAAUGGGCCGCUGCCUUGGGUGCAAUCAGAAACGAGUGUACAUGCUACGGGCUCCUAACGAGGGCGAGCUCCUGGACUGGCUUCGGACUCUCGAGCGAGCGGGCUGUUUGGUCGGCACUGCCGAUGCCUCAUCGGCCACCAUGUUUUACGAUGAUGUUGGCGAUUCCGACUCGGACGAUGACGGCAGUUCUACUGCCCUUGGCGCUGCCUUGUCUGCGGUACGCAUGCUCUAUCAGCGCCCCACUCAGCCAGACAGCGCCCUUCUUGGCCACGAUCGCCGCUCUUUCUUUGGUGCUUGCAAAUCGCGAGAUGGCCCUGAACUGUGGCUGCCAAUCGCCUCACGCAUCUACCCCCGCGCCAACGUCUGCUUCCCUUCAUGCCUUCCAAAGAUUGCGGACCGCGCGUCACCCGAUGUCAAAGACAACUCCCCUGAUCGCCAGAGUGGCCUCGUCAAGCAUCGUGCACAAACGGCGGCAGUCACCUAUGGCAAUCUGGCCGCGCCCGUGAGCGACCUCGACUUUAGUACCUUCGACUCCUUUCAAGAUUUGCAUAAGUAUCUUCAGCCCCAAUGCCUGGUUGUUGCUGGUCUCAAGGGAGCCGGCCCUGGACCUCGUACUCCAACCCUCGCUCGCGCUACAGUACCCGAUGAAGCCACUCGCAUGCCGCCCGGUGAUGUGACCGUGAGUCUCGAAGGAGGCAAGCGACGCUCCGUCACCCUCCGUACCACCAUGGAUGAUAACGUGCCUGCGCGUGCUGCCACCCUUACUCCACUCAACGAAGCCCCUCAUGCAUUCGACGCGGCCGCCAAUGUUGCCUCCCGCGACCCUGCAAGAAUGGGUGCCGCUGCCGCUCGCUUUGCGCGCACCAACCCGCAAGAGUGUCAGCUCUCAAGCUCGGGUCGCCGCCUUUCACGUUCCGCGCAGGACAUCCGCGCGCCCUCGGCCGCGGCCAGCCUCGCCAGCACCGCUGACGACGCCCCACCUGACCGAAGUCGAAGUUUCAGCCUCAAUAAUCCCUUCAAUGUUGACGAGCUUCGUAAGGCUGGUUAUCGUCCAGAUGCCAGUCUCGGCCAUUCGCCUGCGUAG